AUGGUUGUGGGGAGCGCAGCACUUCCGACGGGAAAUAACUUCACUGCCCAUUGGAAUGGGACGACUCCUGAAUAUUCGAAUGUAAGCACUACUGAAGAGAGCCGAUUUCCUGCCGAAAUUGAAAAUGCAUUAGCAAGCUGCUAUGAAAAAAUGUCUUGCUUGGUAAAAACAAAAUAUGGUCCACUCUGUAAGCCAAAAUUUGAGAUCAUAAUUUCGAUCAUCAAGAACUCAACGGUACCAGAUAUCAGCAAUGCUGUAGGGGAAGAAACAGAUUCUGAAGAAGUCAGUGGAUCUUCUGAAGAAGAAUCAGUGCCGCAAACUCAAAGUUUUACUACAGAAGCGAAUCGUAACAAAUCAAAUGAGAGCUUAGAAACGAUUUCAGAAGCCGUUUCACUCUCAACAACUACCUUUGCUAAAGAAGACAAUGGCUCAAACAUUAUUCAAGAAUAA